CCAUCAAUAGUGUUGCAGGAGGUGUUUUGCAAGAGAUGUAACUUGGUUGACUAAACAUGACAGACCACAUGAGUGCUGACAUGUGCUUCUUGGUACCUUACCUUUUGGCCCAAGUCUUUUGUUCACAAUGAGAUCAAUGAGAUCCGUUGCUUGAGACUCCACAAGCGAAAAUUGGUUCAAGAUUUGUGAUGGGAAAAAGCUUUUCCAGUCGUCCCUUGAUGGAAUCAGAUAGUGAGAGCGCAAGUAGUGGAAGCGAAAAUGGUGUUCUCGAUCGCUUUCGCCAGUGCCUGAGUUUCAAAUUCGCAGCCUAUAGUUUGCUGGCACUGUUAUCCAUCAACCUUUGCUAUCACACUCUCAUUUUGACUCAUGUGGUUCCUUCAAAGUACGUAUGGGGGGGUCGACUGAAAUCCGAGUCGAGCUUGAUCCAGUUCGAGACAGUGUCACUGUCUCUCAACCUGUCUUUCAUUGUGCUCGUUGUUCUGCGAGCGCAACUCUGCCAUACACAAUCACCGCAGUUUUGCCUGAGGGUGCUGUGUUGGAUUUGCUACAUCAUUUUCACAUUGAACACACUGGGGAACCUUCUGGCGAAAACCUGGUUUGAGAUGCUGACUUUCGCACCUGUGACACUCUAUGCAUCUAUCGCUUUUGCCCGGCUGGCACUGGGAGACGAGGAGAUCUAAGUGGAGCCCCUCAGAAAGUCUCCUGACCACCCCCCCUUCGUGUUUGCAGGGACUGCGAGCAACUGGGGCUGUGCGUUGACGUCGUUGCUUAGAGAGUGCAGCAUGGAAUGGGAGUCACAAAUGUGAUUAGAAGCUGCAGUGUUGAACUUUAAAAAGGUACUGUACGUUAGAUUGGACUCUUUUCGAAUGCGAAUUGAGAAAGUGGUCAGGUGCAAACUAAGUCUGAUUUUUGGGAAGGAUGUCAGUAGGCGACAGCCCACAACUGCCAGGCUAUGCUCCCUAUUGAGGUCUAUUGAGGUGACGCGGGCCCAAUGAUGUUGCCCUUCGUGCGCAGAAGGAAAA